AUGUCUGCUGGGCUGGUACGAGGAUGGCGCACAGGCUGUUCUCUCCUUCCGAGUCUACAGGUUCGACUCCCCGUAUCAGUGAGGCCUCAGCAACGGCUGUUCAGCACCGUAGCUCCCCCAGGAGAGGCCCCUUCAUUCACCGGCGUUGCUACAGAGGCGUUCCCGUUCCUAAUGCAACGAACAGCUGCUGAAGCAGCGCAGUCUGUCAGCUUUGGCUCUCUCGCCGCCUCUAUGACACGUUCUUGUGAAGGGGUGGUGCGGGUUAUCCACGAUAUGGAUGCCUUCGAGGCUGAGGUGUACAGACAGCCGCCGACGCCUCUUGCGAUCUUCUUCGCUGCCACUUUCAACACCCACAACAAACUGCUGCUUGAACAGUUCAUCGCCUUAGCCCAGUCGUCCAGCCGCAACACUCAUUUCCUCAUAGUGGAUGUGGAUGAAGUGCCGCGCGCUGCCUACCACUGUGGGGUUGAACAUCCGUGCACAUUUGUUAUUCAAUUCAACGGCGACGCCUUCCGCAAACGCAUUACCGACCCUGUUGGCACAAAGACUCCUUCACAGCUCAUUAGCGAGUUUCGCUCUGCGCUGGAUGAAUGUCUCCAUGCAGUGCAGCAGCCAGAGCCGCCGCAGCAGCGCGUGGAGUGGUAUUCCCACAGCAUCCCUGUUGACAACUUGAACGUCUACCGCGUCAACUGGCCCACUGCCUAG